AGGGAGUGCGCACGCACGUCGAUGACGAACAUGGCGACGUCGGCGCGAGCGCUCCGCAGUGCAAGCGAGCGUCGCCUCCGCUCCUGAAUUCCUGCCGUACGCAGAGGAGAACAAUACACGCGUAGUGCCCACCCGACCACCACCCGCCCUCCAACCGCAAGAAACCAGUAACCAACACCUCAUCUAUUCAUCGCGCCACGAAUUGGGAUUAAUUAACCGGAGAGAAAAAGAGGCAUCAAAUUGCACGCGUGAAUCGCGUGUGUGUGGGAAUGCGGCGCGACGCACUUUUCUAAAAAUACGAAAUAGCUCCCUGCUUGCGGCCUGGUUAUUUUUAACCGCCGGCGUUAUUCCUGCAGCAUCAGCAGCAGUGUGCAGCAGCCGAAAAAUAAUUUUAUUUUGUACUAGUAAUGCGACAGUAGUGUGAUGUGUACAGUGUGUUGCCUGCUUGUGUGCUUGUAGGUUAUGUCCAGUGUGAAGAAGAGAUCAGCCGCUCCGUAGCGCGCGGCACCUGGAAUAAAAUAUGCCUGUGUUGUCCCCGCACCGCAGCACGGCGUCCUCGGGUCUGACAGGCACGUAUCGCUCGGGGGGCGGCUACGGUACCUCGCUGGAGGGCGGCCGAUACGGCUACGGAGGUGGCGCCAGCUACGUCUCGCCGCGCAUCACCUCCUACGCCAGCGAGCGCUACUCAACACGCUCCUACGCCGACUCCAGCGGACGCAGCUAUUACUCAAGAGCUGGUAGUAUAACAGAAGACGGUUAUACAUCACGUUUCCGCGAGGAAUCCACACGUGAGCCAAGCGUCCGUCGUGAUACCAUCCUCGAUUCGCCCGUGAGGCGGAGUCUGAGCACCGCCUGUGACCUCCCACUACCUACGUCACGCUCGUCGAGUCUAUCCGUAGCGGAUUCCAUCGCUGAUCUACGCAAUAAAUACUCCGCCUCCAAUUACGUGCCGGCCGUGAUACGCAAUCGUGACUCAUCGGCCACGCGCAGCGCAUACAAGGUAAACCAACAACACGCCGAGCCUAACCUCAACUGCAGUGUGACAACUAACACGACUAAUCAUCCCGCGACGGAUGUGGACAAUAUGCGUGCGCACGCCGACACUAGCGACGAUGACGACGACAAUGGCAACCGACCUGCGACGGCGACAGUAGGUGGCGUGUCGGUGCUCGAGAUGACGAGGAAGUUUGAACGACGCUGCGUCGCCACCACCACCACCACCACCGCCGCCGCCGGUACAUCAUCGUCCACGAGUGCCACACAUACACAAACACGUGUAAACACUGGUGGUGGUACAGUAGGCCGGCGAUUGGCCGGGGGCGGUGCGAAACCUGAAUCUAACCUCACGCCACCGAAGAAAUCCGCAUCACCGACAAAAACAAAGAGUGUCACACUCAAUGGCCGCCAUGAUGACCAUGAGAAAGCAUCGCUAUCAUCUGCAACAACAACAAACGGCAUUAAAACAACUCAGGAAAAUGGCGAUUGUGUCAAACUAGCGAAAAAAUCCAACAAGGAUGUUAACAGUUGUACCUCACCAAGAUUGAACCGGUCGCCGAUCGCUAGCAACGGCGGCGGCGCGCUUGGCGGCUCCUCAUCGGGGCGGAAUUCUCUGGAGCGCGAUGGUGCGCGUGCAGCCGGCGGCGCUUCGUGCGAGUCUGCCUCGUCGGGGUCGGCGACGCCAAUCACCACGGCGGCGUACGAUCGCGCCUCGCCCGUCAAGCAGAUGGGACUCAACGGAUUGAAGAACAUAGGCAACACGUGCUUCAUGAACUCGGUGGUGCAGUGCCUGAGCAACACGCGCCCUCUGCUGGAAUACGUCAAGAAGGACGGCUACACGGCCGAUAUUAACACCACGCUGUCGUCGAUGAAGGGCGCAUUGAUCAAGGCAUUCGCGCAGGUGAUGAAGGAGCUGUGGAGCGAGGACUGCACCGAUCGUGUGGUGAAUACCGUCGCGCUCAAGAGUCAGAUUCAGCGCUUUGCGCCGCGGUUCAUGGGGUAUUCGCAGCAGGACGCGCAGGAGUUCCUGCGGUAUCUGCUCGAAGGGUUGCAUGAGGAUGUGAAUCGCGUCACGAGUAAACCGACGCCAAUACAUACCGAAAUUGAUGAUAAACUAAGUGAUACGGAGAAGGCGACAGAGUCUUGGCAGAGGUAUUUACGACGCGAUAAUUCGAAAAUAGUCGAUUUGUUUGUGGGGCAGUUCAAGUCGACGCUCAAAUGCACGCAUUGCGGCCAUUGUUCGGUGACCUUUGAUCCCUUCUGGGAUCUCUCGUUGCCCAUACCGCAGAAAACCGGCGCCAUUCGCUUGGCGCAGUGUCUGGAUGCAUUCACACGCGAGGAAACACUUGAUGGUGAUGAGAAACCAACGUGCUCCAAGUGUAAAGAACGUCGGAAGUGUACAAAAUCGUUUACGAUUCAUAAAUUUCCCAAAAUAUUGGUUAUACAUUUGAAGCGUUUCUCGCCGACUGAGCGCUUCCGUGGCAAAUUAUCCGUGACGGUGGACUUUCCUUUCGAGGGCUUAGACAUGAGCGGCUACGCUUCGGAGUCGUCUAACCUCCAAUGUCGGUAUAAUCUGUACGCUGUGUCCAAUCACAGCGGGACAACCUACAGCGGCCAUUACACGGCCUACUGUCGGCAUCCAUAUUCUGGUUCAUGGCAUGAAUAUAAUGAUUCAAGGGUGUCGUCGAUAUCGUCGAAAAGUGUGGUGAGCGGUGAAGCCUACGUGCUAUUCUACGAACAGGACGGCAAAGUCUCGGCGCAUCUAUGACGACGCUGCGUGGAGGGGGAAGACACGAGCGGCACGCCCGCGUAACGCCCAUUCUAGUCUGUCGCGCUACUAUUUAUAUUAUUUAUUACCGAUUUUCUUUCUUUUAUUACCCACCACCACCACCAGUACUACCACCACCAGACACCGCAAGCAUUAAGCGACCUGCGACAUUUUGUAAACGAAAUCGCCGCCAUUUUGUCUAUUGUGUUUUUAUUUGAUUGCGCCGCCGCUAGUCAGAGUCGUACUCUCGUUAUAUUUCUUGUGUCGCUCGCAGAGUUUUAUCGUUUGUUGAUACGUUUUUCAAAGUUUAUUAAUUUAUUUCAUACCUAACUAAUCUAGCUAUAGUGUUCUCAAGAUGGUGGAGAGAUGCGAAUGAACAAAAGUGCAAAUGGAAACCAAGAAGAAUAACAAAACAAAACAAAAAAAAAAGCGAAACCUAACAGUUGGCAUUUUUACACAUUUUACGCACUUUAAUAUUAGUAAAAGAAACAAAUGAAGAUAUAUAUAUAUAUAUAUAUAAAUAUAAAUAUAUAAAUAAUGUAUAUUAUAUUUAAAAACUUAAAAAUGAGUUUUAAAACGAAGCAAAAUGAAAAAUUUGACAUUGAACUCAUCGUUACUUAGAUAUUCUCGUAAAAACAAAGGAAAUUGAAUUAUUAUUACACAUUUGAUUGCAAAACCAAUAAAAGUAUAACAUUUGUUGACCUAUAA